GGUGCGUUUGAACGGCGCGGCGCGAGCGCAGGGCCCCGCGCGGCCCGGCGCGGUCCGUGCGCUGCCCGCCAUGCCCGGCCGCCCCGACGACUACGAGGUGCUGCUGACCAUCGGCGCCGGCUCCUACGGGAAGUGCCGCAAGGUGCGCCGCAAGGCCGACGGCAAGAUCUUGGUAUGGAAGGAACUGGACUAUGGCGCGAUGACGGAGUCGGAGAAGCAGAUGCUCGUGUCGGAGGUGAACUUGCUGAGGGAGCUGCGGCACCCCAACAUCGUGCGCUACUACGAUCGCAUCAUCGACAGGAGCAGCACCACCCUGUACAUCGUCAUGGAGUACUGCGACGGGGGAGACCUGGCCAGCUUGAUCGCCAAGUGCGCCAAAGAAAGGCAUUUCUUGGAUGAAAGCUUUAUUCUCCGGGUGUUGACUCAAUUAACGUUAGCCUUGAGGGAGUGUCACAGGCGGAGCGAUGGUGCAGUCACUGUGCACCGAGACCUGAAACCAGCAAAUGUCUUUCUAGAUAGCAAACAGAAUGUGAAACUUGGAGACUUUGGACUGGCCAGGAUAUUGCACCAUAAUACCAGCUUUGCCACAACGUUUGUUGGCACUCCAUAUUACAUGUCUCCAGAACAAAUGAACUACUUGUCAUACAAUGAAAAAUCUGACAUCUGGUCGCUAGGAUGUAUUGUGUAUGAAUUAUGUGCUCUCUCGCCUCCAUUUACAGCUUUCAACCAAAAGGAACUGGCAGAAAAGAUAAGGGAAGGGAGGGUCAGGAGAAUACCAUAUCGUUACUCAGAUGAUCUGAAUGACCUUCUCAAGGAGAUGCUGAAUGUAAAGGAUUACUGCCGACCUUCUGUUGAAGAUAUUCUGCGGCACCCCUUGAUAGAAGAUAUGGUGAUAGAAGAGCAAAACCAGAAUUCUGAUAGAAGAGGCUUGAGACUCUGGGAGCCAGAAAGGCUGCAAUUCUCAGAUGUCGCAGUGAAUGAGCUGAAAUGGAAGGAGCAACAAUUACACGAGCGAGAGCAAGCCAUUAAAGAGAGAGAACAGCGUCUGGAGCAGAGAGAACGGGAACUCUGUGUUCGGGAGAGAAUGGCAGAGGACAAACUUGCUAGAGCUGAAAGCAUGAUGAAGAGGUGCAAUCUCCAGGCGCAGCAGCGGGAGGUAACGUGCGCGGAAGGUCCAGAAAUGCCUAUCAGAGCAGAAAAGGACACAAGUAAAAUGCCCCUAAAAAACAACCCACUCCUGCUUCCUCUUUCUACAACAAAGAAGAUCUCACACUGUGGAACUGAAGAGAAAGCUGUACCUCAUAAUAUGGAAAACUAUUUCCUUUCCAAAGGGAAAACCUCUGAUCUCAAAAGGCGCCUAUAUGCUGCAAAUCUACGGGCUCAAGCACUGGCUGAACUGGAAAGAAACUAUCAACUAAAGAGCAGACAAAUCUUGGGCAUGCGUUGAAACUGUAACAUAUAUUUAUCUUUGAAAAGAAGAUUAAAUGUGUAGGCAGAUACUUGUGCCUCCCUCUCUUAAGCUAGAACCUACUGAAAAAUUAUUUUAACAAUUGUACAAACUCUUCGUUUAUGACAGGUAGCUUAUGAUAAAUGCAUAAGGUGCUAUAUGAUGAAAAGAGGUACUUCUGAUACCAAAUAAAACAAACUAAAUUAAUUGUAUUAUUAAAGAAAAAUA